AUCUAAUCCCAUUCAAUCACCGUUUUUUCACUCAAAUGGAUCUCGUCACUCUCUUACAUCUCUCCCUCCAUUGAAUUCCUCACUUCAUCUUAGGAAGCUUCGUCUUCCUCAUGGAGGACAAACCAUGGGAAUUCAGUUCCAUUUCCGUCAAGCUCUUGGCCGAUACCAUGGACUUUCUCGAGAAAACACUUUCCUAUCUCUCCUCUCUCUCCUCUGACCCUCUUUUCUCAACCAUUAUCACUCUAUACACUAUACUUCUCCUCUACUUCCCUAAAAUUUUCCUGGGAAUCGUUUUCUCACCAGUGCUGAUCUCAACUGGAAUUCUACUACUCACACUUCUCAGAUUAGGAGCGAUUCAAAGCGUCGAAAAGGAAUUCAAUUCCACCGAACUAGAACAAACCCAUCAUCAUCAUGAUUCGACAGUCGAAGAUCGCAAAUGGGUCUCGAUCGAAUCAAAUUCGGAGUCCAAAACCGAAAUGGGUUUGGAUCCGAACCCGUUUUACGCCGUAUCGUUCGUCGAAUGGGACGUGAGAGCACCAUUAGAGGUGAUAUACGAAGUAUACGAAGGCGAAGAAGACGAACAAAACGACGACGUCUUAGAGGAUAAAGAAGAGAGAUACCCAUCGCUGUCGCUGUACUACCCGGAGUCCGACUCGGAUAGCUCGUCGGACUUCGAUUUUCCGGUGAUCGGAGAGUGGGAGUCGCCGGAGAGACUGUGCUUCAGGUGGGACGAAGAGGACAGAGAUGGGUUGAUUGAGAUUGAACUGGAUGAUGGGAAGAGAACAAGUGAAUUGUUUCAUUUCGAAGAAGACAAUCUGAUUGAGAUUGAUAUAUCUCCGGCGAGAAUGAUGCGUUUUCCGGCGAAAAAUGGUAAAUUUUCCGGCGACAAUUAUAGUAAUACUAGGAACACAGAAUCAAACACGAAUGGGACACAACUCCUUUAGAAGGAUAGAUCCUACAUGAAGUUUUCAUAGGACUUAUCCUUUGUAAAAAUAUUAUGCGAUUUCUGUGCAUAUAAUUUAACUCAUUAAUUAAAAAUGAGAUAGGGAAUUAAUGUCUUUGGAGGAUGAGGAGAAAAAAAGACGAGAUUUUUAGGGUCUUGGGUGUUUUUUUUUUUCGGAUUUGGAUAAACAGACAAAGAGGGAUUACUGUUGUAUUACAUCGUGGGCAUGUACAUUAGUCACUAAAUCCAAGGAUUUGAAGUGGAUGAGGGGUGGAGAAUGACUACACUUUUAUCUUUUGUGAAAGAAUUAAACAACUUUUUGGAUGUGCCCUUAUUGGGAGAAGAGAGUUAAGUAAUUAUUCAAUUCAAUUG